AUGAGUCUUAAACUUGACGUCCAACUGCCUUUUCUUGUGUCUUUGAUAUGGCCUUACAUGCCUUGGUUUGGAGAACCUGAUACUAGGGAACCAUGUUGGUCACUUAUUGCUCGCAGUGUUGAUGACGUUGAGAGAUUUUUCAAAGAGACAAUAGAGAACAGAGAUGAGGGGAUUGUAUUGAAAGACUUUGGCUCUAAAUGGGAACCGAGUGAUAGGAGUGGAAAGUGGCUAAAGUUGAAGCCUGAGUACAUACGUGCUGGAUCUGAUUUAGAUGCUCUCAUCAUAGGAGGCUACUACGGCUCUGGACGUCGGGGAGGAGAGGUGGCUCAAUUUCUAUUGGCCUCGCCGAGUGUUCAGCCCCAAAUACAUAUCCCAGGCGGUAAGUGGUUCUCAUACUUUAUUCAAUGA